GAUUUACAGUGCCGACCAGAAUCCGAGAUUUUCCCGCUUUUGGAAGCCAGAUAGUCCAUCAGUGCUGGAGAAGCAGCUCCGUGUACCUUCCUCCGUCACUUUUCCCUUGCGGCGGAAAGCUCGGCGCUAUGGUCAUGCUUUUCAAGCUGUGAGAGCUGUAGUGUUCAAGUCUAGGAUUUCUCUUGUUCAUGGCGACUGGAGCAAUGAUUUCGAGCAGAAGCUUCAGUUCGCUUCGCGACUCAGGGAAGAAAUAUCAAGGAGAGAGUCGUAGAUCUGGUGGCCGAGAAGUGCAGUUUGCCUUUUGUAAAGGCAGAAGUAUUUGGUGUGGAAAUACUAAAAUAACUAUUUCAGGAGGAUGUUACUAUUUUAUGAUGAAUUCUUUAUCGCCAUUUCGUAGUGAUCGUCCAUUUGGUAACAUUAUCAAGAUAAAGAGAACACCCUUCUUUGGUGAGAUGGAAAAGCCUCAAUCAAAUUACAAGGAAAACUUAUAUCCGCAAAAUUUCAAAGCCAUUUAUGUAAUGGACAGGUUUUCUGCAAGGAUAAGAUGCUUUAUUUCCUCAGAUUCGCUAAAUAACAGCCCGUUACACCAAAGAAAGGUAGAAAGUCUUGGUCUAUCACGUAAUCUUUGUGAACAAUUAGAACAAAAGUUGGCUACCAGGAUGUGUGCUGAUCUAAAAUCAGAGCAAUAUGAAGUAACUGGAUCAGCAUUGGAUUCACUAUACUCUUCAGAAGUUUCCAGUGAAGUGUGUUUGGAAAAGGAAAUGGUGCAAGAAUCAGCUAAUUGGUGGAAGCAAAAGAUACCAAAAAGAUGGAUGAUUGUUCUUCUUUGUUUUACUGCAUUUCUUCUAUGUAAUAUGGAUCGUGUGAAUAUGAGCAUUGCUAUUCUUCCAAUGUCAGCAGAAUUUAAUUGGACUCCUACAACUAUGGGUUUAAUCCAAUCAUCUUUCUUCUGGGGUUAUCUCCUUACUCAGAUAGCUGGUGGGAUUUGGGCAGAUAAGAUGGGUGGCAAGCUGGUUUUGGGCUUUGGUGUUGUUUGGUGGUCGAUUGCUACAGUUCUAACACCUAUUGCUGCUAAGAUUGGACUCCCUUUCUUAUUGAUAAUGCGUGCUUUUAUGGGGAUUGGUGAGGGUGUUGCCAUGCCUGCUAUGAAUAAUAUGCUUUCAAAAUGGAUUCCUGUUUCCGAGAGAAGCAGAUCACUUGCCUUAGUAUACAGUGGGAUGUACCUUGGUUCUGUAACGGGUUUGGCCUUUUCUCCCAUGUUAAUCCACAAGUAUGGCUGGCCUUCUGUCUUUUAUUCAUUUGGAUCGCUUGGAAGUGUUUGGAUCGCAGUGUGGCUGAGCAAAGCAUACAGUUCUCCAAAUGAAGAUCCUGAACUUUCUUUAGAUGAGAGAAGGCUUAUUUUGGAUGGAAGUGCGGCAAAGGAGCCUGUUGCAUCUAUUCCUUGGAGACUAAUUCUAUCAAAGCCUCCAGUUUGGGCUCUUAUAAUAUCUCAUUUCUGUCACAAUUGGGGCACCUUUAUUCUUCUCACAUGGAUGCCUACCUACUACAACCAGGUUCUGAAGUUUAAUCUCACCGAAUCUGGUUUAUUCUGCGUGUUACCAUGGUUAACCAUGGCUGCAUUUGCAAACAUUGGAGGCUGGAUUGCGGAUACACUGGUUGCCAAGGGGUUUUCGAUAACAACAGUUCGAAAAAUUAUGCAAUCAAUAGGCUUUCUGGGACCAGCAUUUUUUCUUACGCAGCUCAGUUAUGUUAAUACUCCACUCUUAGCUGUGUUGUGCAUGGCCUGCAGUCAGGGUAGCGAUGCAUUUUCACAGUCAGGUUUAUAUUCUAAUCACCAAGACAUUGGGCCACGCUAUUCGGGCGUCCUACUGGGAUUGUCAAACACAGCCGGGGUGCUUGCCGGCGUCUUUGGCACUGCUGUAACUGGUUACAUUCUUCAACAUGGUUCAUGGGAUGAUGUCUUUAAGGUAGCCGUUGGCUUAUAUAUUGUGGGCACAGUGGUCUGGAACUUAUUUUCGACCGGUGAGAAGGUAAUUGAUUAACAAGAAAAGAAGCAACGCUGUUUCCAAUCCAUUCUGGAGUGAGACAUAUCGUUAUGAAAAUAAAUUAUCAAGAAAGAUUAUAUCAUGAUGUAGCUGAGUUGCAACAAGGGACAAAAUCAUAUUUUGAGCAAAAAAUGCAGCACAACUCAAUGUUGUAUAGCUUUGGGACUGCACGAGAUCUUAUGCAUUAUUGCCGGUGUAUUAAAUCCAAUGUUGGAGAACAUAAGGUAGUAUUCUGAAAUCAUUCUCUCCUUCUGAUUCUGAGAAUUAUAUUCUCUAUUUCCUAGCAAAUUUAAUGAAGGAGUUGUAUAAGACCACAGGUAGCUCAGCACUGCCUAAACUUUGUGAGGAAAUGUCGCAAAAUCUGAUUCAUGCUUCAGUUCAUCACAUUUAAAUUGAUCUCUGUAUGGGAUACUGAUGAACUUAUUAUUUUGCUCUACAAAUAAUUUAAUUUCACCUAUUAUAAAUGCUUAUAGUUCUACAACUCUGCAAGUUAUGG